GGAGACCUUGUUCGUUCAGGGAGCUCACAAUCUUGGCUCGAGCAAAGUCACUUUCCGACUGUGCGCCCCUUAGUCCGCAGACAUGAAUUUACAAGCUUAUUCACGAUACUAGCUUGUCUAAAAAUGGGCAUUCAGACCCGGAAAGGGAAGGCCGCGGCUCAAGGAACCAAUGGCCGAACCGCGCGUCGACCGCGAAGGCAGUCAGCGCGUGCACUGCUAAAACGCGGCUUCGGUGUUGUCAGAGAGGACAAGGCUUCAGCUCAAGCGCGGCCGACAAAGCGGCGGCGUGCAGUUACGCGGACCCGCCAGGAGUCCAGCGACGAUGGCGACGAUGCCGAGCGUCGGGAAGUGAGCGACGACGACGAGGCAAGCGGCAGUUCCCCUGAUGAGGAGGACGACGAGGAGGAGGAGGACUCAAGCGGGGAUGGCGAGGAGGAAGAAGAGCAGGAGGGGGAUGACGGUGACACGGAGGAGGGGCAGGAGGGGGACAGCGGCGGCAGCGGCGGCAGCGAUACUGAGGCCGCAGGCGCAGUGAAAGCCGGCAGCAAGCGGCCACGCACCCGCAGCAACACCCGCAAUACUUCCGCCUCCGCCGCAGCCGCAGCCGUACACAAAGCGGCGGUCGCCACACCGGCUCGGGGCCGGUCUCGCAAGACCGCCGCCCACCGCGGCGCACACACCGGCACCGGCGCCGCCACCCGAGCCCGCAGCGGCACCCGCACCCGCAGUCCCAGCCCUGCAGCCGACGGCCCCGCUACCCGCCUCCGCCGCCGCGGCGCCGCUGCUGCUGACUCCCUUCCCACCACCCCUCGCUUUCGUCGGGCCAAUGCCGGCCACGACGCGGCGGCUGCCACGGACGGCGCCGGCCGCGGCCGCGGCGCCACACGGCAAUCGCAGUCAUCUGGUCUGAAACCUCAGGCGGCGGCGGCGGCGGCGACAGCUGCUAAAGUGGUGGCCGUGGGGGCUGCGACUGCGGGAACAAAGCGUGGGAGAUCGCAGCCGGCGGUGCGUGGGAGGCGGCGGAGGAGCGGCUGGGAAGAAGCUUCGACUUCUGAGGAGGAGGAGGAGGACGAGUCAGAGGAGGAGUCAGAGGAGAGCGAGGAGGAGAGCGAGGGGGAUGAGAGCGAAGAGGAGGAGGAGGGUUCGGAUCAGGAGGAGGAGGACACAGCAGCAGCACCAGCUGCAGCACCAGCCGGGAGAGCCGCGCGGGCAAGGGUGGCAGCUGCAGCGGCACAGCACCAAGGGGCAGCAGGAGGGCCGGCGGCGCGGCGUGCUACUGGUACUACUGCUACUGCUGUUGCGAGUGUAGAUGACGCAUAUGCGCGCCUUACAGCGUUGAUGGCCCGCGCGGCGGCGCAGUCGGCGGCACAGCGGCGGCAGCCGGCAGCGGCGGCGGCCGCGACAGCGCGUGGCGGCGGCGGCGGCGCGUCGCCGUCGGCUGCCGCCAGGGCUGCCGUCACCUCUGCCGCUGCCAGGGCCGGCGGGGGCAUGCCGAAUGCGGGCUAUGACUUUGCCACCUGGCUCGCGGGUGCUGUUGGUGGCGCAGCAGCAGGGCAGGGCACGGGAGCGGGAGCGGGAAUGUCGGGAAGAGCGAUGGCAGCCGAAGAGAGCAGGAGGUGGGCACAGCCUGCGGCUGAGGCUGCGCCGCGGCGGGCGCACCCGCGCGUGGAGGCAGCCGCCGCCGCCGCCGCUGCAGACGCGGCUGCUGCUGAUGUUGACAGCGACAGCGACAGCGAUGUGAUUCUUGUGGAAGAGCGUCAGGCCGGUGGCGGCGGCGGCGGCGGAGACGUUCUGGCGGUGGAGGAGCGGGCGGCGGGGGCGGCGGGAGUGAAGCGAGAGACGCGGGCGGGGGGCGCGGGCGGCGGUGGCGGCGGUGGCGGCGGCGGCUCGGAUGGCGAGGAGGAGGACUUGGACGACGACGAGGAGCUGCGCAUUGUGGGGGAGGUUGGGCAGGUUGCAAAUCGCGACUUCCCGCACCCGCGCCCCGACUGCGUGAGCUACCGCUUCAAAGCCGGGGCCAGCAACGGCAGCGGCGGUCCGGCGGCGGACGCGGCGAAUUGGAAGCACUGCCCCAAUUGCUACUGCUACGUGUGCGACGUCAAGGCAUCCGAGUGCGCCUACUGGGGGACCGGCGUGCGCGAGCGUGACCACGCCAACGCGCGCAACACGCCCUUCUGGACUCGCUUGCGCCGCGAGGCGCGCAUCGGCAACAAGCCGCUCGUCAAGGCCGAGUGGAAGUCCACCGCACCGCUGCCGCCGCCCGAGCCAUCGCAGUACCAGCGGCAGCAGGCGCCGCCGCCGCCGCCGCGCUACCCGCCGCCGCAGCCGUACCAACAGCAGUACGGACAGCAGUACGGACAGUUGUACUCACCGCAUGACUUGCUCCUACGGCUCGCGGAUUCCCGUGCCGAGGCCGUGCGCUACAUGCAAGGCCGUACAAACGGCGGCGGAGCCGGGGGCUCGGGUGACGCGUGGCGCAAUGGCGGUGAUGCGGAGGCACGCGCGUCUGCGUCUGCCUACACCUCCACCUCUGCUGGCCGGCGGCGGUUGCGUCGCGGCGAUGGAUCGCAUCUAGACCAGCCCGCCGCGGCCGACGGUGAUGGAGGAGAAGGUGGAGGUUACUAUGGCAGCGGAGGAGGGGGAGGGGGAGCGGGAGGUGGGGGCCGUGGCGGGGGUUUGCACGUGGACGUUGCUGACACGGACACCUUCAUGGCGGCAAUGACACGCAUGAUGGCGGCGGGGGCGCCGCAGCAGCAACAGCGGCCGGCAGGGGCGGCGGUGGGCUCUCGUGGCAGUGACUACUACACGCAACAACAGCAGCAAGCAGGGGAAGUUCGCGCCGCGCAGCAAAGGCAGCAGGAGCGGCAACAGCAGGAUCAGGAGCGGCAGACGCGGCAGGAGCGGCAGCCGGUGGUUUGGCAGCCGCCGCCACGGCCACAGGCGCCUCCGCCGCCGCUGCGACAACAACCGCCACCGGUGCGGCUGGCACAGCAGCACCAGCAGCAGCAUGAGUGGCGACCACCGCCGCCGCCGCCGCCGCAAGCACCGCAGCGCUACCAGCCACAGCCGCCAGCUCCACAACAAAGUGUAUCCCGCUAUCAUCCGCCGACGCAGCAACAGUCGCAACGGCAGUCGUACACCUACGAACAAGACCAGCAACGACAGCUGCCAUGGUACACGCAGGGGGACUUGCCCGCCGUACAAAUUGUGUACGGGUCGACACUGCCCGUAGCACAGUGGCCCGCCGCCGUGCAGCAACAGCCGCAGAUCAUGUACAUGAUGCAGUCGCAGCGUACGGCGGCGGCUGGCGGCGGUGGCGCCGCCGCCGCCGCCACUCAACCUGUUAGUGUGGCGGGCGCGCGGCUUCUGCCCGUACAAGCGUUGCCUGCCGUGAUCACGUACCAACCGCAGCCGGCAUACCAACCGGUGGCGGCUGGCAGCGGCGGCUACUACGUCGGCGGUGAAUCUGGGUCGUCGUCCCAACCGCCACAACGGUCCAACAACCAUGUGUGGCGUUAUGAGGGGCCGGCGGGCCGCGGACAGCAGUAGCACCGGAUGGCUUUGGUUGCAAGUGAGCGCAAUAGCCGGCGUUAGCAGGGGAGUGGCCGCAUCAACUGCACGCGGCACGGCUUCAUUAUGUUAGGCUUUGCCUGAAUGAGGAAUAGGAAUGCCCUAUCUUGAGGUGGUCUCCUGUGAUUACGUUGUAAUUGUAAUAUUUCAGCACUGACGCUGUGCUUGCAUGGCCGCGCGGGCUGGGCCGCAGCCCACGCCGAUUAAGCUGCAGGACAUGACCUUUUAAAGAGGGUCUACAUACUUCUGAUGGUGUUGAGCCACACAUUCCUGACAGAUAUUGAGUUUGUGUUUGUAAUCAGGACGAAAUUAAGUCAGCCCAUGCACAGCGCAUAGUUUGUCUACGUGAUGCCGCUGCUGUGCCGGUCAGAGCCUUGGGUGGUGCUGGAGUCUGGGCUCAUGAGGAGGGGGCGGCAGGAUGGCAAUGAGGCGGGUGGUUUUGGAGUGGCGGGCACCCGCGGGCGGGGGAGUUGUAGAUAUCAGCCCAAACUAAACUGAGAGGGCUGGGAGGGGUGGCGUGUGUGUGUGUGUGUGUGUGUGUGUGUGUGUGUGUGUGUGUGUGUGUGUGUGUGUGUGUGUGUGUGUGUGUGUGUGUGUGUGUGUGUGUGUGUGUGUGUGUGUGUGUGUGUGUGUGUGUGUGUGUGUGUGUGUGUGUGUGUGUGUAUGUGUGUGUGUGUGUGUGUGUGUGUGUGUGUGUGUGUGUGUGUGUGUGUGUGUGUGUGUGUGUGUGUGUGUGCAGGUUUGGUCUGGUUGCCGUGCCGUGCCGUGCCGUGCGCGCAUGCUCUCCAUGACUCUUCUUGACGGCGGGAAAGGGUUCUGUUUUGUGUUUGUGCAAAUCCGGGUGUACUCCAGAUCCACGGCACGGCCGCGACGCGGGAGGGUUGUUGGGGCCGGCCGGUUACCUGGGUCGUGCCCCUGCAUGGCGUGCAGGAUGAAUGCACGGUUGGAACGGGUGUGCAGGGCAAAAGCACAAAGGGCGCGGUGCAUGUGUGUUGCUGUGCCGCAAGUAGCGGAGGUGCGCUGGUGGCGAUGUGAUUGUAUUGCAGCGUUUGUUGUUGUCACGCGAUCCUACGUGCUAACGCUUUCCCCGCGUGCCCCGCUGAUUCUUGUUGUGUUGUGCACGAGCCUUUGGGGGCCGUGGGCCCCGGAAGGGCGUGUGGUGAUGUGAACAUGAUAGUCCGCCUCGGCCCAAAAGGAAAUCGCCGCGACCGCCCUUUUGUACUACCGGUAUGCAGUUGCGUGUGCCUCGGGAAGUACGGAUUUAAGUGUUUGGGAAUGCUUCACUUGCAACUUUGUUAAGGCUGGCGGGCUGAGUUGCCUGCGCCUCAAUUGCUCAGCUCGGCUGCGUGGGGAGCUGGUCAGCAGCUCACAGACUGUUGCUGUGUUAAUCCGUAAGGACUAAG